CCUUGUUUCUGGUUCUGGUGCUGGUAAAGGUUUCCUUCAAGGCCUAAUUUUCUGACUCUCCAGUAUAAUCAUGGACCCAAAACUUGCAGGUUUCUCUCCCUUUAAGCCUUGCCCAUCUGUCACCUAAUCCUUGAAAGCCUUCUUUUUUCGCUUCACAAUGAACAACCUGUACGUUAUAGCUUGAUUAAUUUAGACGCUAAUUGAGGAAAUGGCAGCUGUUGUCACAUAUCUGGUCAUCUUUACUGUCAUCUCCAGCGCCCUUGCUUACGAUCCUGACAUGCUUCAAGACCUCUGCGUGGCUAAUACUUCUGCAGGAAUUAAAGUGAAUGGGUUUACAUGCAAGGCAGAGACAAAUAUCACUGAAGCUGAUUUUUUCUUUGACGGUCUAGCCAAACCAGGAAAAGUUAACAAUUCAGUAGGAUCACUUGUAACAGGAGGCAAUGUUGAGAAAAUCCCAGGCCUAAACACCCUAGGCGUGUCACUGUCUCGUAUUGACUAUGCACCUGACGGCCUUAACCCACCUCACACUCACCCCCGAGCCACUGAAAUGAUCUUUGUGUUGGAAGGUGAACUGGAUGUUGGAUUUAUCACCACUGCAAACAAAUUGAUCUCAAAGACUGUCAAGAAAGGCGAAGUCUUUGUGUUCCCUAGAGGUUUAGUUCAUUUCCAGAAGAACAACGGUGACAAGGCAGCCUCUGUAAUUUCAGCAUUCAAUAGUCAGUUGCCUGGUACCCAGUCCAUUGCCAUGACCUUGUUUACUUCAACCCCAGCAGUUCCUGACAAUGUCUUGACUAAAGCUUUCCAAGUUGGUACCAAGGAGAUUGACAAGAUCAAAACCAAGCUUGCCCCCAAGAAGUCCUAAUUUUGUUCCUAAAAAAAUUCCCAAUUCGGUACUAUGCUUGAUAAAGUCUCUUUGUUGAUAUUUGUAAUUAUAUAUUUUCUUCUUCUUUUUUUCCCUGAAUUGAAGAAUGCUAUUGGAUAUAAGUUGAUGUUCGCUAUAUCUUAAAUUAACAGCAAGAGAAAUAAUAAUACUGUCCCGGAAUUAUGAGUCAA